UCCCUAUGCAGCACCCCAAGCCCUUCUACGCACCCACAGCUCCCCAAGAAGGCUUCAGUUCCCGGGGCCUGGAUGCCACUGAUGGGCUGGGCAGCCAGCCCACUCCCGCCUGCACAGAGCCUCUGUCCUCUGUUCCUCCAACCUGUACCACCCCCCAGCCCCGGAGAAGGAGGUGUUCCCAACCCCUCCAGCAGGUACUGGCCUCCCGCCAACCCUUGAGGACUGGGGAGUGGGCGGGGCCAUCUCGUCCCCACCCUAACCCUAGAGGGCUUCCGACUCCAAAGCAAGGCCAGUGUCCCUCAUCCCCUCAAUGGGGCCCUGACAGUAAGGCAGCCCCAUGACUCUUGUCCCCCAGUCAGGUUCCCCAAAGCCAGGUCUGUGUCUCCAGCCACCCCCCAACCCCGAUGAGCCCCCAAAGCACAUCCUGGGUCCCCAGAUCGGUAGAUAAACCCCCAGAGGCAAAGCCUAUGUCCUCGUCCCCCAAAUGGACCCCAGGGCUGGUCCGUGUCCUGUGUCCCCCUGAUGUGCCCCCCAGGCGGGUCCCAGGACCGCCCCUCUGAGGGCCACCCUCCUGGCCACAGGUUUCCAGAUGGCACCCUGUGGGUGCUUCUUUGACCCCCGCAUCUACCGAAUCGAGUGGGCCGCCACCGACUUCGGCCAGUCGUCCCUGUACAAGCUGGUGGCCGUGGGCGAUGUGGGGCCAGCUGGGGCCCCCACCUCGCAAGGCACUUACCUCCUGGAGCCCCAGCACUACCUCAAGGCCCCGGUUCCGCCCCCACCGCUCCCACCAUACCCCCACUACCAGCCACCGCCUCCGGGGGGCCCCCAGUACCUCCUGCCAUACUUCCCGCCUGAGGGGCCGGGGCCCGAGACCAUGGGCUUCAUGGGGGAUGGGGGGCCGCCCGCCUUCGUAGAGCUGCCCCUGCCCUUGAUCAAGGAGGGCCUGGCGCCCCCACCACCCCCCAAGGAGAGCAAGCUGCCCUCGCUGCUCAUCACGCUACCCACCGAGGCCACACUGCCCCCGGGCGCCUAUAGCCAACUCAAGGGCCGCCUGAGCCACCUGCAAGAGCCCGGGGAGCCCUUGACCUUCCCAGUCAAGGAGCCACCCCCAGGCCCGCUGUACCCACCGGGCCCUGCCGAACCCAAGGCAGCCGAUGCCGAGGUGGCCCCACUGGGGGCAGGGGAGGCCAGAACCCCCGAGGUGGCCCGGGCCUUUGCGCUGCCCGAGAAGGUGCUGCUGGAGGAUGCGAUGAAGCUCUUCGACUGCCUGCCAGGCGGUGCUGAGCCCGAAGGGGCCCCUCACAAGCCCCUGGGGCCUGGGCCAGCCCUGCCCGACAGUGGGGGCGGCGGCGACGACUCCUCCUCCGGUGACAUCCGCUCGCUGCACCUGCCCGAUGAGCUGCUGUCCUUCGACUACAGCGUGCCUGAGAUCCUGGACACUGUCUCCAACGUGGACUACUUCUUCAACUUUAAGGCACUGGAUGAGGAGCCGCUGCCCCGUCCGGGGCCCCCUGCCGCCAACACCACAGCCGUUGCCCCCCGGGCCGAGCCCCCUGGCAAGAGGAAGGCAGGCAGUUCCACCACCAAGAAGGGGCGGCAGGGCAGCAAGGGCAAGCAGGCCACGGGUCCCACGAGCGCUGCCUCCUCAGGGCCCCGGCAGGACCUGGGGGCCACCCCCCAUUAAAGCGGAUUUGAUCUCUCA